AUGGAAGUUAUAUGUGCCAUAUGCGGUGAUAAAGCAACAGGGAAACACUAUGGAGCCGUCAGUUGUGAUGGAUGUAAAGGAUUUUUUCGUCGAACAAUCAGGAAAAGGCAUAACUAUGUCUGUAGAUUUAACCACGAUUGUGUAGUUGAUAAAGAUAAGAGAAAUACUUGCCGGAAAUGUAGACUUGAUAAAUGCUUUCGUAGAGGAAUGCGGAAAGAAGCUGUUCAAGCUGAAAGAGAUAGAAUAAGACCUCAUGGUACUUCUCCUAUACCAGAUGAUCCUCUUUUGGAUUCCCUUUUACAAGCUGAAGCAGCUGUACGACAGUUAAGAUCAACAGUUAUAACAAGGACGGCAGAUGCUCGGAGACAAGCUACUACAGGAGAUGUUACGGAUAGUAUGAAUCAACAGCUGAUUCUAAUGGUCGAAUGGGCUAAAAGUUUAGAACAGUUUCAAAGACUACCUAUGACAGCACAAAUAGCACUCCUUAGGCAUUUUUCUGCUCAACAUUUGGUAAUGUGUGCUGCUUUUCGUUCGAUACAUAUGAACGAUGCAGUAUGGUUAACGAAUGAAACAACUUUACAUAAAGAUAGUCCCAAAGUUCCGGAUGUCAAUCGUGUAGCUGCACGUAUAGUAGAUCACUUGACUCAUCCAAUGAGACAAUUACAAAUGAAUGAAAUCGAAUAUACAGCUUUAAAAGCUAUAGCUUUUUUUGAUCCUUGGGCCAAAGGCUUAGAUGGUUCUCAUUCCGAAGUAGAUGAUAUGAGGCAAAAAGUUAUUGAAUCAUUAGAAAAACAUGUGAGGACAGUCUCGCCCUUAAAGGAUAUGCCAAGACGAUUUCCUAAUUUGUUACUCCUUCUACCACCAAUGUUAGCAAUCGCAAGAGAUUUAAUAGAAGAUGUUCAAUUAGCUAAACUGUUUGGAUUAGCAGCCAUAGAUAAUCUCAUGCAAGAGUUGAUGCUACCGCCGGAUAGUUCAAGUGACAAACAACAAUAA